AGACAACAAACGUCCAAGUGUGGGAGCGAGAGCAUCUGCGCAAGGACCGACCGCAGGAGCCACAAGCCAGGGAGCGACAGGCGCCAUGGUCCCUUUGGAAGUGGCAUUGAGCGGCGCCAUUGGCGCACGGUAAAGCUCCCUGUUCUUCUCGGGCUUGUAUAGCCUGGUGUUGAUGUGCAUUUGGUUGCCCAUGAGCGGCUUCCGAUGCCUGCUGCUGGUUAAGUGCUAUUCGUCCGUAUGCUGAUACCAUCAUCAUCUCCUAGUGUCCGCAUCAGCACAGCCCCGGUCGCGUCGACGAUUGAGGGUACCCUCUUUACUGCUGACCCUAUCACGAAUCUAGUCGCCAUUGACACCGCCGAUGGAAAGCAGUCCCAGACCGGCGACUACCGCAUCAUCCCGAUUUCGCGUAUACAAUCCGUCCAGAUCCUCUCCCUCGCCCCGUCUGCCACCGCCUCCGACGGACCGUCCUUCGCCGACGCAGUACCACCCCUCCACGCUCUUGACAUACGUUCCUUGAAAAACCGGGAGGCCAAUGCUAUUGCUAAAGCGCACGAAGGCGAGGCUCGUCGUGGCAAGGGUGUGACUCGCGAGGCGCAGGACAUCUUCGACGCCUUCAGUCGGACCAUGCCGGCUAGAUGGGAUGGGGCCAAGAUCAUUGUGGCGGACGCAGUUUCCAUUGCGGCUCCAUACCGCGUGGACGACUGUCGGCCUCUGGUGGCUGGUGACACGGCUGCCCUUGCCCGAGUACGCAAGGUGCUCGAAAUGGAACGCAAGAAGAUCGAAUUGCGCAAUGCCAGCGCCACCAUCGGGCCUGGCGCUGCUGGACAGAGAAAGGGCGGUUGAACCGUUCCCGUUCUAUCGCGGAGUUGAUUACCUCUUCGACGGCUAGUUUUGUUUUAUAUGGCACUGUCAUCAAAGCGAGUUUUAAGUGGAUUAGAUGCCCCAUCCGCAUGGAUCAGCGGGAUGAGAAGAGCAUUGGGGAAGAGAGUGAUCGACCCCUUGAAGUUGAACUAUACAUGGGAAGUGUGGGUCUCGGGCUUUAGAAGAGUCGCAAGAAAAACCACGUGGGCUGGAGAUGACGGACUGAUAACAUCUUGGUGAGCUGGGUAUAAAGAAUUCUCUGGAUGCAUUGGCGUGUGGUGGGUAGGAUUGACUGCAUUCACGUCUUGCAGAUCUGCCGGCUAUACACUUUGGGGAGGGCGAGUGGGAAUGACGGUCUGCCCCCCAGCUAAUGUAUGUGUAUCUGAAGAUAUAGUACCGGAUACUCUGAUAGGAGGGCAAC